AUGCUUAAAAAGUACGGAGGCUCAGUAGUUUGCCUAGACGCAACGCACAAGACGAGUGACUAUGCCCUACGACUUUUCUUGCUUGUCGUGAAAACACCAUCGGAAUACACACCAGCUGGUGUGUUUAUCAUACAGUUCGAGACGGCCCACUGUAUCGCUGAGGCUUUAGACGUUUUCAAGCAGUGGUGUGACAACUGGUCCCCACAAUACUGGAUGGUGGAUUAUAGCAAGGCAGAAAUAAGUGCCAUCAAGCAAGUGUUUCCAGGGAGUCAAAUCUCCAUCUGUGACUUCCAUAGACUACAGGCAUGGCAGAGGUGGCUGCGCAGAAAGGAAAACAACAUAUUCGAUCCAGAUAAGGCCCUGAGAUUCAUGGAACACGUAGCCAGUGCUUCAAAUCAGCAUAACUUUGACAAGGCGGUUGAAGUCCUUGUUGACUCUGAGUAUUGGAAAAACGAAAGUUUCCGCAGUUACUUUGAAGAAGUGUGGCUGUCAGUAAAGGAGCUGUGGGUCAUGUCUUACAGGCUGGAGUUUGACGUUGUGUCGACCACAAAUAACGGCAUUGAGGCCCAAAACCACGUGUUGAAGGCACAGUACGUGAAAAGUUCUAGCGGGAAACGGUCGUAA